UGUCCAAGAGUUCAUGACCUUCACCAGCGCCUUGAUUGUGGAGCGUUCUGCACACGGCAGCCGAGCCUCAGUCAAAGAGCAAGGUGAAGUCCUGACCUGGGCCAUAACAUAUGGGGGGUGUUCUGAUUUGUUAUUGGAGGUCAUUCCUAUAAUUACUACCCUCCUCCCUCCAGAGUACCUGUGCCACGUGUAUGUGAGGAAUGACAGUCUGAGUGCAGUGGUGAUAGCAGACAGCGAGUACCCCCAAAGGGUCGCCUUCACACUACUAGACAAGGUGGGUAGAGAUGAUGUGCAGAGUGAUACUUUAUCCCCUUAGCAACAAGUGGAGAAUAUUACUCUCUGGUCUGGGUCUUGUGCGUCUCAAGGUUUCUUCCAGAGUUAUUGCUCCUCACCAGGCCCUUUCAGCUUUCUGUUUCAGCAUUUAAUGCAGGGGUUCUUAAAAUUUGUCCUCCAAAUUAAGAAGAAAUGGUGUAUGAUUAUAGAUGUAUUCUCAUAAUUCGCAACCCACCUCUCACAUGAGCAGGACCCACUUUGGGUCUCGACCCAUAGUUUAAGAAAUCCUGAUUUAAUGGUUUGAUGUUUGAUCAUGCAGGUGCUAGAGGAGUUCUCCAGACAAGUGGACAGCAUAGACUGGCCAUCUGGAAACCCCGAAACCAUCAACUACAAAGCUCUGGACAUCCACCUGGCCAAGUACCAGGUACACAUGGCAUCCUGUCUCUAAAAUGACACAUAACAAACAUUACACAUACAAUUAAAUAACAUUGAAGAACACUUGAAUAUCCAAGCCUACUUUGACUCAUGUUUCUUCUUGGAUGAUUGUGAUAGUUUGAGAGUCUGUGUUUUCUCCUCAGAACCCCAGAGAGGCAGAUGCUAUGACCAAAGUGCAGGCUGAACUGGACGAGACAAAGAUCAUUCUGGUGAGUCUCUUCAGUCGACACUCCCUGACACAACCACAUCUCUGAGAACCUCUCACAUAAUGGGCAAACUUGAGAUAAACUCAUAUAAUUGCCUUUAGCGUAAAUCAACUGUUUAUGUCAGUUGGCGAUUUGUGUGAAAAACUGGCUCUGCUCUAGAUUCUCAACCUUACUUUCUUUUGCUAUGGACUCUUAACAUGAUUUUCCCCAUAUAGGAAGCUGGAACUUGCACUACAUUUACAUUUACAUUUUAGUCAUUUAGUAGACGCUCUUAUCCAGAGCGACUUACAGGAGCAAUUAGGGUUAAGUGCCUUGCUCAAGGGCACAUUUACGUCAUUUAGCAGACGCUCUUAUCCAGAGCGACUUACAAAUUGGUGCAUUCACCCUUUAGCCAGUGGGAUAACCACUUUCCAAUUUUUUUUAUUAUUUUUUUAUUACCUUAUUUUUAAUUAUUAUUUCAUUUUUUUUUUCUUUAUUUUUAUUUCUUUAUUUUUUUUUAUUUUUUUUUUGGGGGGGGGGGGGGUAGAAGGAUUACUUUAUCCUAUCCCAGGUAUUCCUUAAAUUUUUUUUUUUUUUUUUGGGGGGGGGUAGAAGGAUUACUUUAUCCUAUCCCAGGUAUUCCACUACUGCAUGUCUAACACUGCUAGUGCCUGUGGUUGGUGUGAUGCUGUAUAUGAAGUGGGCUGUGGUGUGAUUGUCUCUGCAGCACAGCACCAUGGAGUCUCUGUUGGAAAGAGGGGAGAAGCUGGAUGAUCUGGUGCAGAAGUCUGAACACCUGGGGAACCAGUCUAAAGCAUUUUAUAAG